AUGGUGCUAGUGAUACAGGUGGUAACAGUCAUGGUGAUGCAGGUAAUGGUGAUGGCGCUGGAGCAUUUGGGGAUGGCAAGACGACCGCUGUUGAAUCAUGACCUACUCUCCUACCACGAGCGGUUCCUCUCCUUCAGGGACGACUUUACUGCGCUGUGCGGCGCGCGACAUCAAUGGGCGUCACAAAUGUUUGGUCUCGCCGACGCACUGUAUUCCUUCUAUUAUUACAACUGGUUCUUCGACCUACAGUUUGUAGGUGACAUCGAGAGUUUAGAUGAGGAGUGGCAGAGGGAGGACAGAAGCAACGCCAUGCUCUCCGUGGACACUGACUGCGUGCAGCUGUUGGCGAACGCCCUCGACCACCCCACGUGUCCGCUGGAAGACCUGCCACCGGAAACCAAAAACCUGCGCGAGCGGUGCCGCGUGCAGCUGUGGGACGACAUGGUGCAGAGGUCGCCCCACGUACCCGUCACCAGCUACCUGGCCUACACGCAGAGGAUAAACGUCAACCUCUGCCUGCUGGCCUGGAUGACAGUCAACUCGUUCAGCGUUUGUCAGGACGUCCCGUUUAGUAUGCUACAAUCUGUACAUGAUGCUCGCUGCUAUUUCGACAGCCCUGGCGAUCAGUCCUGCCUGCAGUCGAACGCUACAGACGCCAUCUGCUCUCAUAUAUUUCACUCAGAGAAACUUGCUGCCAACUGCAUUGUGGGCAUCAUAUGCCACUCUUGUUAUGUGCAAGACUGUGUUGUUCAUUGUCAGUACACUACAGAUUAG